AUGGACGACCUUGCAUCCGCCUUCUCGGGCUACCUAGUUCGUCUCCUACUACCCUGCGCGUGUUCCCAGUCUGAUCUCACUAACCACGCGACGACCGGUAGCUUCAACCCGAUGAUGAUGCUCAACAAGAGCGAGACGAGCGCUGCGCGCCGCCUACUGCAGUGCACGGGGCUCGGGCUCUACAUGAACGACAUCUCGUCCAAGUUUGCGCCGCCGGCGACGCGCGCACCCGACCUCGCGCCCGACGACUUCGCCGCGCGCAGGACGGUCGUGAACCAGGUCGCGCACUGGGUACGCGCAACUUACACUACGCCGAACCGCGGCUACAAGGUCGAUCCUGCGUGCCUUCCCGGCACUGACAAUCCUGUGACACCGUCCAAGGGCGCGCCCCCGUUCUUUCACACUACACGAGACUCGUUCACGCCGACGCUACUCGACAGCGAGAUCGAGAAGAUCGACAACGUGUGCGCGCAAGGGCAGGAAAAGCAGGCGGGGCAGACGGCCGUGGAGGCGGCGCGCAAGCGCGUGUUGGGAUCGAAGGAGGACAUGCCGGACGUGGGCGACGCAUGGAUGAACAAGAACCCGAGGGAGUGUGCGAAUUGCCAGGUGGUGAAGGAUAAGGCGCUGCUGAAGUGCUCGAGGUGCAAGUUGGUGAACUACUGCAGCAAGGAGUGGUGA